AUGUCUACUGAAGAGCUACAGAGCGUGUUUGGCCAAGAAGACCAUCAAGUGGCCUUCAUCUUCAACCCCGAAGAAGACGAGCCACCGCGCCGCGAAAGGCCGCCAAAGAGGCGGAAAACAGCUCGCCGCUCUGCGGUAGCCGAAGACGACGAAGAGGAUGAAGACGGCGGCUUGCGCUCGUCGUCGUGGUUUGCCCCGUUGCUGGGCGAAAGCAUGGCUUGUGCGCGGCGGAGGGAGAGGCUGCUAGAGGAGAGUUGGGCCAUGGUUGAUGCGCGAAUACAGGAGAUUUUGAGGGACUCCAAUUCUGCGACGUUGGAUGGGGUGUCGCGGUUUGUUCGGGAUGCGAAGUCGGAGUGCGGCGACAAGAUUCCAUCUGCCUUCAUCAUCACGGGGCCCAACAUUGCCUCCCAGGACCUGCUCUUUGAACAGCUGUCUGAUUCCCUCCAGCGAGCGUCGACCAGCAAGUUCAUCCGGCUGCGGUCUUCAGAAGCGACCAACCUGAAGAACGCCCUGAAGAAGAUCAUCCAAGACGCCACCUCCAGGUCGCUGGUGGUCGACGGCGAGGAAGACUUGCAGCUUGCGCAGGCAUCGGGCCGACGCUACCUGCCGUACGAUCUUGAGGCGCUGCGUGUCUUUCUGGAGCACCAGCCGCAAGAAAACAUUUUUGUGGCGUUUCAGGACAGUGAAGGGUUUGAUAGUGGGUUGCUGUCUGAUAUGAUUACCCUGCUGAGUUCAUGGCGGCCACAGAUACCUUUUACUCUGCUCUUCGGCAUUGCUACAUCUAUCGACCUACUGGAGAGCCGUCUCCUCAAGUCAGCGUGCCGGUUGAUUCACGGCGCGCAAUUUGACUGUGUGCAGACGGAGACUAUCUUGGAGAGCGUCUUCAUGGGGGCAGUGGUAGCCAGCGAUAUUCCCCUGAGGCUAGGGCCGCACAUCCUUCGGGGCAUGCUUGACCGUCAACGAGACCAGAUGGCAGGUAUCCAGGCAUUUAUCAGCUCGUUGAAGUACGUUUACAUGUGCCACUUUUACGCCAACGCGCUCAGCGUCUUGAUGGCUCCUGAAACGGCAGAGGAGGAAGGAAUCCUUCAGGACGGGCACCUCGAAGCGCUGCGGCAUCUCCCCUCGUUCCGACACGAGGUGGAGACGGCCGUUGAGCGUGCAACGGCCGAUAGCCUCCGGCAUGCGCGCUCGCUGCUGGAGGACGACGAGUAUCUGCUCGCGCAAGCUCGGGCCAGUAACGAGCGUCGACAGGAUUGGAUGGACAACCACCUACGCUUACUCCUGGUCAGGGAGGCCGCCGGAGCGGUUCAGCCCCCAUUCUCGCGGGCGUACGUCGACUCACUCUCUACGGCUUAUCCCGAGUUUGGAAACGGCAGCUUGACGGAACACAUCCGACGGAUGGGCUCGGGUGCGCUCGCCAGCAUGCUGCGUCGGGUCAUCUCCAUCUUCAGGGAUGGAGAAACGAGCCUCCGCCUGAAGCCCGCGUCGAAGGAGCACGACACCGCAUUGCUGAGCUUCCUAGAGGAUACGCUCUCCCGCCUGGAGAAGCUGGAAGCGGACGCAGAGGGCGCGGGCAUGACACUCCACACAAAGUACAGCAGUCAGAGCAAGGUGAUGCGCACGACAGUCAUUGCGCAGCGCGUCCAGCUGAGCCGCGACUCGGCGGCCCUCCGCGACGAGGACAAGCAGUUGACGAGCCUGGUAGACGCCGUGUCAGAGCGGCUGACGGCUCACUUCGGGUCGAGACGCCCCGAGUGGGAGCUCUUCUCGGAGGCGUGGCUGUACGACAGCAGGUCGCCCCUGCGGGACGUCAUGGUGCCACGGCCGCGGGUGACGUUUAGGCGCAGCUUGGCGCGACCGUACGACUAUCUCUCCUGCGGCUGCUGCAGGGGCAGCAACGGCGACGAUGCUGGUGCUGGUGCUGGUGCUGGUGCUGGCGGUGUUGUGCAGGCGACGCUUCCGGCGGUUUCGAUCCUGUACCACUUGUAUCUCGAGGCGGGGAGCCUGAUCAACGUGGCUGACUUGUGGUCAGCGUUUUAUGCGCUAGACGAGCGGAGGGCGCUGGUGCAGUUCUAUCGCGGGCUGGCGGAGUUGAAGGCCAUGGGGUUCGUCAAGAGCAGCAAGAAGAAGGCGGACCACAUUGCAAAGGUGAGAUGGCUGUGA